AGGAAGGUAACGUCCCUUUAAGCGGUCUCCCCAUAGGCGGCUGCCGCUCUAUAACGGUAAGCUGGACCCGGAAGCGCGACUCACUUCCGCCUCUCAUAACCGGACCAACCGGUUUCUACGCGUCAGACAAACCCUGCCUGUGAGGCCCCGCCCCCGUGCCCAGUGUUCGCUGGAGAUUGGCUCGUCUUACUAUUUAUCACUUCCAGCACGUACUUUUCGCUCUUUUUCUCGGCCAAUCAUAGGGCUCGCCCGUCCUGUCCUAUUCGGAGGCUUUCGGGAUUGGCUCACGUGAAACAUGAGCAAGUUCGAGUGACCCUUGGGUGAGAGUGAAUGAAAUGUGCGGGCUGCUGGGAGCAGCGAAGUGCGGGGCAGCCGCGGGGGCUCGGUAAGGGGGAAGCGGUUGAACACGGAGAGAGCCCGGCCGGGAUUCGGGUGACUGAAUACUGCAUUGCCAGGUGUUGGCCUCCACCGAUACAAUCAUGCCUAGUGUAACAGCCCGGGCUCCCCUGGCCCUGCUGCUGAUCGCUGCUCUGGUUCCGCUUGCGGUGGUAGAAGCUGCUUUGGGUGACAAGGUGAUUUGGGCUGUCAAUGCUGGGGGCGAGGCCCAUGUGGACGUGCACGGCAUCCACUACCGGAAGGACCCGCUGGAGGGCAGAGUGGGCAGAGCAUCAGAUUAUGGAUUGAAGCUGCCAAUUCUCCGCUCCGCCCCAGAGGAUCAGAUUCUAUACCAGACCGAGAGGUACAAUGAAGACACCUUUGGGUACGAGAUCCCUAUCCGAGAAGAAGGGGAAUAUGUCCUAGUGCUGAAAUUUGCAGAGGUGUACUUUGCGCAGUCGCAACAGAAGGUGUUUGACGUACGUGUAAAUGGACAUAAUGUGGUAAAAGAUCUGGAUAUAUUUGACCGUGUAGGACACAGCACAGCCCAUGAUGAGAUCAUCCUCGUGGUCAUCAAGAAGGGGAAACUUACUGUGCAAGGAGAAGUGUCCACCUUUACAGGGAAGCUCAAUGUGGAGUUUGUAAAGGGAUAUUACGAUAAUCCCAAAGUUUGUGCUCUGUACCUUAUGAAAGGAACAGUAGACGAAGUCCCAAAGCUGCAGCCUCACCCUGGUCUAGAAAAGAAAGAAGAGGAGGAAGAAGAUGAAGAGGAGGAAAGCCCUAGUACAAGGAGGAAUGCCAAGAAAAGUGUGCAGUCUGGUCCUCGCACCCCUAACCCAUAUGCCUCAGACAACAGCAGCCUCAUGUUUCCAAUUCUGGUGGCCUUUGGAGUGUUUAUCCCCACACUCUUCUGCUUGUGCCGGCUAUAGAAGGCCGGGUGCCAAUCUUUUCUUUAACUUCCCCCCCAUCCCCCCGAUUUGCUUUAGUUUUUGUUUUUCUUUUUCCCUGGUAAUUUUUCUGAAUCUUUUGACAAUGAAGCAGAAAAUCUCCUGGAAAGGAGA